AUGGCGGAGAACGGACACAGGCCCAGCGAUAUCACGGAAGUGCCAAGGGAAGGGGCUGUAGUAUAUGAUGGCUUUCAUCCAAGCGAGGAGAAGUACGACCACGAUGCCAUCAGAAAGCAGAGUGUGGCCGCUAUGACAUCCAACGUCACGGGUGAGAUCAAGAACCCAUUACUCGGCAUUCCAAAGCAUCAGUUGUUGGCCGAUGUCGACAGCUUCGCUACGAAAUAUGGCAUGCAAGAGCAGAUUUCACUUUUACGAAAGGGUGCACUUGUGGCCCAAAAUCCUGCGGACUUCGAGAACAUCGUAGAGCUUGAUGAUGCGGAUCGUGAGGCUCUACGCACGGAAAUCACGCACCGAUGGAAGCAUCCAUGGAGUUUGUACUUUACCAUUAUCUUGAACUCAAUUGCCGCUGCCAUUCAAGGUUGGGAUCAGACCGGCAGUAACGGUGCCAAUCUCUCCUUUCCAAUCGAGUUCGGAAUCCCAGACAGUCUCCCAAACUGUGACCCAGAGGGCAUGGAUCCGAAUGCUACUUUGUGUCAAAGAAACCAGUGGAUCGUUGGCUUCAUCAACAGCUGUCCAUAUAUCGCCAUCGCCUUCUUUGCAGGCUGGCUCUCUGACCCCAUCAACGAACGUCUUGGUCGUCGUGGUACAAUCUUCCUCGGCGCUAUCUUUUCGCUAUUAGCACCCAUCGGAUCUGGCUUGACCCAGCACUGGGGCCAGCUAGUCGCCACUCGUAUUCUGCUUGGUAUCGGCAUGGGACUGAAGGAGGUCACUGUGCCGGUUUACUCGGCAGAGAUUGCACCGACCAUGAUCCGUGGAGGACUGGUCAUGUCGUGGCAGUUGUGGACGGCCUUUGGAAUCAUGCUCGGAUACUCCGCCAAUCUGGCUGUAUAUAAAGUCGGAAAGAUUGCUUGGCGACUACAAUUAGGGUCUGCUUUUAUCCCUGCGAUUCCUCUUGUGUUGGGGAUCUGGUUCUGCCCAGAAUCACCAAGAUGGUGCCUGAAGAAAGAGAAGGUCUUCAAGGCAUACCAAUCGCUAUGCCGCCUCCGGACGAACGACCUACUGGCCGCACGAGACGUAUACUUCAUCCAGGCACAGCUUGAUCAAGAACACCGUAUGAUCGCUGAAGCUGGCUUGAACACGAAUGCAGGCUUCUUCACACGCUUUAUUGAGCUCUUCACCAUUCCUAGAGUCAGAAGGGCUACGCAGGCCUCGGGCAUUGUCAUGAUAGCGCAGCAAAUGUGUGGCAUUAACAUCAUCGCUUUCUACAGUGCGACCAUUUUCUCCCAGGCCGGGUUCAGCGAGACUUCCGCUCUUUUGGUGUCCUGGGGUUUCGGCUUGGUGAAUUUCACUUUUGCUUGGCCGGCUGUCUGGACUAUCGAUACGUUUGGCAGACGAGGCCUGCUCAACUUCACCUUUCCGAACAUGGCAUGGUCGCUUCUCACUGCCGGACUCUGUUUCUUGAUCACCAAUCAGGAAGCUCAUCUAGCAACCGUAGCCCUUUUCAUUUUCAUCUUCGGGGCCUUUUAUUCUCCGGGAGAAGGACCUGUCCCAUUCACUUACUCUGCCGAGGUUUUCCCUCUCAGCCAUCGCGAAGUAGGCAUGUCAUGGGCAGUGGCCACCAACAACUUCUGGGCAUCUGUCCUGUCGAUGUCGCUGCCUCGCAUCCUUGCGGCUUUCACCCCAGCAGGGACAUUUGGGUUCUAUGCCGGUCUCAACGUGGUGGCCUUUUUCCUGAUAUUCUUCUUCCUGCCCGAGACGCAGCAGAGGACACUCGAAGAACUGGAUUACGUCUUUGGCGUCACGACCAGACGACAUGCUGCUUUCCAGGCAAAGGAGAUGUUUCCGUGGUGGUUCCGACGCUGGAUCUUGUGGAGGAAAGGCGAGCCGAUGCCUCAGCUAUACCACUUCGGCGAUACGGGUGUCUUCAACCAGUAUACAGAAACAACCGAAAAGGUCAAGCUCGCUGGGGACGAGAUUGAUGAUGCGAAGGUAGUCUGA